UGGCGAUGCUUGCGGCAAGUUUCUUUUCUCGCAUUCCGAGUUAACUCCCACAUUAGUUUGAUCGUUGAAAUAAAAACUAGUUGAAUUGUCGUGAUUUCACAUCGAAAGUGAAAGUAUUACUAAUAUAAUUCACUCAUAAAAUCGAGUAGAAACGUUGAAAAGUUAUUGCCGAAAAUUUCGUCUUAUUUGGUGUAUUAUUCAUGUCGGGCCAUCGCGACGAAUUUUUUGUUCGCAACAAAUAAAAAAACUUAUACCAAUACUAUCAACCUAAAAAUACUUGAAAUCAUUUGAAGAGAUAAAAUAGUGAGCAUUAAUGAUCAGAAGUGAUGAAAGUGUCUUAAAAUAAAAUUAUAACCCUAGAAGAAAUUAAAGAUCAUUGUUUUGUCCAUCUUUAAGACUAAAGUUUCAUGAAAAUUAGUACACGAAUGACCUUAUUACCUCAUUUUUCACAUAAAUGAUAUAUUUUUUUUAAUAACAAAUUGAAAAAUGAUCAUCUGAGAUCCUCAGUGAGUUGUUAAACACAUUUUUUUCUAUCCAUUUAAUUAACCUAAAUAAAUACUGAUGUUGCUCAAUUAAGCAAGGCCAAUGACCGGGUUUAAAAUAAGACAAAUUGAUUCGUUUAAAAAUUUAUUUAUUCAUUCAUAUAACCUUCAAUAUUACAAAAAUGUCAUUAGUGACUCAUUAAAUGACUCCAUAACCUGUUGACUGGUGUAAAUUCGUGAUAAACAAUUAUUCAAAAGUUCUGAGUGAUUAUUUUUAAUUUUUUGAGUGAAUUUUUUCACAUUCUUGUGUUAAAAAAUGACGUUAAAUCCAAGAGACAUGGAUGGUUUUAUGCCUUUAUUGUCAACAACAGACAUUAAAACAAAAAUGACUGUUGGCAACAAUUUGUUGACCUAUCUUGGAGAUUCGUCUAAUAGCAUUGAGUGCCAAGACAUCGGAUUAUUCAUCGAUAAUGUCAUUCCUUGGCUCCAUAACGGCAAUGCCAAGAUUGUUCAAAAUGGGUUGGAAAUCCUCACUCACAUCGCAGAUCGCAUGGGUCAUGAUUUUCGGCCUUACAUUUCAACGAUAAUUCAGCCAACAAUAGAUAGAUUAGGAGAUAGUAAAGACACAACACGUGAAAAAGCACGACUAGUGCUUCUGAAAAUUCUAGAAAGAGGCAGUAUGACUCCACAACAGCUUUUAGAUCGUCUUCAUCCAGCUUUUGGCCAUAAAAAUGCUAAAUUAAGGGAAGAAUCUUUGAUUUUAUUAACCACCAUAUUAGCAGAAUAUGGUGCAGAUGAGAUGGUUUUAUCAGCUGUGGUUCCCAGUAUUGUAAAAUUACUAUCGGAUCCUAAUGAAAAAGUUCGAGAAACUGCAGUAAAUACAAUUGUUAAUAUCUACAGACAUGUUGGAGAACGAUUCCGUAAUGAUUUACAACGGAAACACAGUAUACCACAAGCGAAAUGGCAACUUCUCGUGGAAAGAUUUGAUCAGUUGAAGGCAGAAGGAGAUUUUUUGCCUCUUGCCAAUUCUAUGGAUGUUGGUAGAGACGAUGAUGAACCUGAUAGAGCGAUCAAAACUGCGCCUGUUAAGAGAGUAAAAAGUGUUCUUCAGAAGAAAAGCCAGUUCGGACCAAGUAUAAAGUCUACAUCUUCAACUCUCGGAUUGAAAUUAAGCGAACGACUAAACUCAGGUACUAGUGCUGGAGGAGCUGGUGCAGUUGAUGAAGAAGCAUUUCUUACUGCAUUUGAAGAUGUAGCUACUGUACAUUUGUUUUCUACCAAAGAUCUUGAAGAACAAUUUAGGAUCAUUCGUGAUACUAUUGGUGAUGAUAAAAAAGAUUGGAACCAAAGAAUUGAAAGUUUGAAAAAAGUUCGAGGAAUUAUUAUAGCAGGGGGAGCAAAUUAUGAAAUGUUUUUUGAAUUAUUAAAGUCCUCGCAGAAUGCAUUCGAAGGUGCCUGUACAGAUCUGAGAUCUCAAGUCGUUAAAGAAGCUUGUAUUACUUUGGCUUUUCUUAGUAAACAAUUGAAAAAUAAAAUUGCUCAGUUCAUUGAGUCUUUAAUUGGACCUCUGAUGAACCUGAUUCAAAACAGCGCUAAGGUUGUUUCGUCAUCUGGAGCUGUUGCAUUGCGAUUUAUUUUCCAACACACUCACAGUUCACGUUUUAUACCAAUAAUAACAUCAUUUUUAACGAGCAAAAGUAAAGACAUUCGACGUGCUGCAUGCGAAUACGUUAGUUUAAUUUUGCAAACAUGGUCUGCACAUUUGUUACAAAAACAUGUCAAGACUUUACAAGAUUCAAUUGGCAAAGGAAUAGGAGAUCCUGAUGCUGAAGCUAGAGUUUUUGCCAGAAAAGCAUAUUGGGCUUUUCGAGAUCAUUUUCCUGAACAAGGAGAAAUUCUUCUGAAUACAAUGGAUGCAUCACAAAAACGUAAUCUCAUGUCCCAAAGCAACAGUGGAAGUGUAAAUAGUCUUAAUGCUGUUACAAGAACUGCAAGCAUACCACCAAGACCUACAAGACCGGCAAUGAGUGCAGCAGGCAGUACGGAAAAUUUACAUCAGACUCAAAGUCCGCCUCAUGGACCAUUAAAACGGACUCCAUCUCUACCAAGAUCUUAUCGGUCUGGAAUUCCAGUUCUGCAAAGACCAACUGACAAUUACUGUCGAGCUUCUCCUGGACCAAGGUCUAACAGUGCAAUUGAUCUUCAAGCUGCCAGACGUGCUCAAUCCAGGAUGAUGUAUGCUAGUAUGAAUCGUAGUAAAGCUGCCACUCCUCGAGUUAAUAAACAACUUUCUGAUAUUAAUUCAACACCAAGUCCUGAAAGGACAGCGAGAACAAAGACCAGAGUUUCCGGAGUCUCACAAUCACAACCAAGUAGUAGAUCUUGUUCUCCAGCUUCAAGAAUGGGCUAUGCAUCAUAUAAUCGCGAUGGUGAAUCAUUAAUUGCUAGACCAAGACGAUUAUCUGGUCAAGGAAUGCGAAGUACUGAAACAAGUCGGGAACCUAGUCCUCAACGAUUUGGAUUAGACAGAAGUAUUACUUCUAAAUUACGUGCACGGACUGUUUAUAUGUCACCAAGACCUCCAGUCAUGGCACAAAAAAUGCUACAGCAAUCUAGAGAAGCUGAAUCAGCUCUUGCUGAUGCUCUUUCUUUUGAUGGAGUUGAUCAUCAUCCAAAAACUCCCAGAGGAGGAAAAGGAGACCAUAGUGAUGACAGUGAGACUAGUAGUCUUUGUUCCGAACGAAGUACUGAUAAUUAUCGUCGUCCUAGUGAUUCGUAUUCGUGGAGUGGUUCACAACAGAGACUCCAUCGCGAUGUGUGGGAUCCGCCAGCACCUAAGGACAUUAAAGAGAUUAUUGAAUGUUGUGGCCGAAAACAUUGGGGAGAUCGAAAAGAAGGAUUAAUCGAUUUAUUGCACUUUUUAUCAAAUGGAAAUACCCUUACUGCUUCGGAAUUACGUAAAGUUACAGAUAUUUUUACGAAAAUGUUUAUGGAUUCUCAUACUAAAGUUUUUAGUCUUUUUUUGGAUACUUUACAUGAGCUUAUUUCUACGCAUUAUGAGGAUUUAGGUGAUUGGCUUUAUGUUUUGUGUACGCGAUUACUCACUAAACUUGGCGCCGAUCUUCUCGGAUCUAUUCAGACAAAAAUCAAUCGAACACUUGAUAUAGUCAGAGAAUCAUUUUCCAGUGAACAAUUACUGCCAGUAAUAAUGCGAUUUUUAACGGAUCCAGCAUAUACACCGAAUUCUAGAGUAAAAGUAGCAACUUUACAAUUUUUAAUGAGUAUAAUUGACCAAGCAGAGCCAUCAGCGUUGAAUCCAUCAUGCAAAUCAGCUUUAGUGCGUUUGUUAGAUUGGACGAAUGAUGUGAAAAGUCAAGACGUUCGUCGACAUGCCCAAGAGGCGAUAGGUGCACUUUAUAAUCUUAAUCCGCCACUGUUUCCAAUGAUGCUGAACGAAUUACCGAAGAUAUAUCAAGAUAUUGCAAUGCCGUUGAUUCAAAGUUAUUUGAAACGCGGCUCACCAGCAUCAAAUCCAGCAUCUCCUAGUGGUUUAUUACCAAGAGUUCCUCAAUCUCCUGCUAGACUAUCAGUGAAACAUGAAAUGGAGUCUAAUGAUGAUCAUUUAAAUCCGGAAGAAGUCUAUAAAUCGCUUCGUAGGACAACUGCAGAAAUCCAGAAUUAUGGCUUUGAACGAAUGGAGGGUGCAACAUCUAGCAAAGAUAGUGGUAUUAGUAAUAUGGCAGACGUCGAAGAGAAAAUCGAAAGCUUAACUUUAAACUCUGGAAGAUCAUCUUCAGUAUCUUCUCCAACUCAGCGAGUGCGAGGUGUUGGAAAUAUAACCGUUAAUGGAUCUAGUGAUACCAUUGCGGGUGAUUUAAUUCUACCUGAUCGUCGAAAUAAUGGUUAUGAAGGUCACAAUAUUUCUGGAAUGUCACCAGAUUUACCACGAGGACCAGAAGUGUUUGAUAGAACUUUGGAAUUACUUAAAAAUGAAUCUGUAGAUGUUUCAGAUAAAGCUCAAGCACUUAGAGAUUUUCAAAUUUAUAUUCGUGAGGCUGAUGAUGUUUCAAACGUUACUAGACAGUUUAAAAAAUUAUUAAAAACUAUGUUGGACUGUCUGGCUCCAGAAGACAAAGCUUUAGAAAUUGAAGUGUUAAAAACAUUAAUAGAAAUGUUGAAGCGAUCAGAAUUUAUUGAGAACUUUACAACUUUUGCUGAAUUAUUAAUUUUAAAAGUUCUCAAUGAACACAAAGCUGAUGCUUACGAUGGUUCUGGUAGCAGUCCAAGAAGAGGACAUUCUACGAAACCAUUACAGCUUCUUAAAGCUGCUGAAGACUGUGCUGCAAUGAUUGCUACUAUAUUACCUCCCCAACAAAUCAUUUAUCUUGCUAUAACGACUAUUAGAACAGAACCUUUUCCAAAAAAUGUCGCUGCUAUUAAAAUGAUUCAAAAUGUUGUUGAACAUGGAGGAAAAAAAGCUAUUGAAUCUAAUCUUGAUGCUGUGAUGGCUGCACUUAUGGGGGCGUACGAUAAUAAUGAAAGUGUAGUUCGUAAAGCAGCAGUAUUUUGCAUGGUUGCAAUACAUGCAGCCAUUGGUGAAGAAGCCUUCGAUCCAUAUCGUAAAAAUCUUUAUGGUGGUAAACUAAAAUUGUUGAAUAUUUACAUACAAAAAGCACAAGAAGCGAGUCAAUCAUCAAGCCCGCGGAGUAAUCAUAGUCGAAAUUAACCGAUAGCUAGUGGUAAUAGCUCGGGAAUUUUGAGGAUAUCUAUUCUCAAGAAGUUUGCACGAUUAGAAGCAAAACAUGAGUUAUUACUGCUGCGAUUUUUUGGUAAGAGUGUAACAAGUCCUUGACAUAUGAAAAUCUCUCAAUUGAAGUUAUUAAACUAUCACAACCGUGUCAAAAAAAAAAAAACAUAAAACUAAGUCGAC